UCUUGCACGAUCGUAGCGCCAUCCCACACCGGUCGAUGAAAACAGGCGAAGUGAAGCGACCGGGUGGAUUUACACGAAAUUCGGACUUACCGAGAAAAUAUGCAGCAGUAUCGUCUGCCAGAUUUUAAUCCCCAUCUCAAAGGUCGAAAAUAGGAACAUACAAAAACUGAGACUUCUGAAAUAUGCUGCAGUUUUCGGAUGGUCGCCCGGUGGGGAAAGACAGCACGGGCCGACCCGUUGAAUAGUUUACAGAAGUUGUAUGUUGGUCUGUGGGCGAAACGGAAAGUAGAACAAACGUGGAACGAUGUGACAACUGCAUAGUUUGCUGAAAACGAUAUUUGACAGUAGAGAAACUUCGUGCUUUACUUGAAAAAAAAAUUAAUAAAAGUGAGAGUGGCAGCAGAUGUUUUCCUCCUUGAUAUCAACUUUUUUUUAGGCGUGUUUUGAUUGGUCGCUGCAAUUUUGCGUCACUUUUGAAGUUUUAGUGACAUUUAAUCGAUGUUUACAUUUUAAAACAUAAUAAAUAUAUCGAUUACAUUUGAGUGCCGUUCGAAAGUUUUAACAAUAAGUAAUGACAUAAGUGUGUUAUAAAAACAAAUAAAUAUUAUGAUAAACAAAUUAAAUGAUUUCACAUAAAGUUGGCACAUAUGUAAUAAAGCAACUUGUACACUACGUUUCGGAUAAAAUAAUUUCAGCAUAAAAACAUACUACCAAAAAUAAAAAUUUCGAAAAACUUCUAAGGUAAAAGUUGGUUCUUAUAAAUGUAUAUAACAUCUUAUGAAGCUGAUUGAGUUUAAUAUUUAGAAUGAAAAACACUCUAAUAUUUUGAAUCAAAAGAGAUAUCAAUUUUGAUAAGAAACUUUGUGAAUAGUUGUGAAAUAUUGAAAAGCUGUGACCAGUGAAAUAUUUAUGUAAUAAAGUAGUUACAUCAUCUAAUAAGUGAUAUAUCAAGGUUGAACGACUAAAGGUUUUUGAAGGAAAUUUGUUUGUUAAAGUUUGAUACUGGGUAUAGAUGAACUGCAAUUUGUUCCUAGCAAUUAUUGGUGAGGCUAAGCGACAUAAGAUGCCAAAAGAAGACUACCAGUUACUCGUUAUGACAAGCGUUGAGAUGUCAUGAAGAACAACGCGAAGGCUCAUAACACCAACAAAAAGGACAUGAAGCCUAUUGAUGAAGAAAUGAACAUGAAGGAAACAAGGAAGCAGAACGGUACCGGCGAUGAGCCAUCCUUCCUCAGCAGAGGUGAAACCGAGCUAAAAAUCGACAGAUCCGGCCUUCAACGGUAUCUUCCUCAAUGCCUACAGUUCGCCUUUGCUGAAAAGAGCGCAGAAAGUUUGUACAGAGAGUACUACAGGAUAGAAAAAAGGCGGAACACCAAAACCUUACUAUUAGUCCUUGCAUUGGUCGACAUAGUCCUGCUUGCUACCUAUGCCGUGGCCCUUCCUUUCCGGGAUGCUAGUCAACUUAUUGGACAAGCAUCAUUUCUUGCUGGAGCCCUCCUCAUUCUAUUUAUUAUAUUCAUAGUUGUUCGCUGUUAUGCAUCUGUGUUACCUUCUAAGUUAUGGGACUGUAUCCCUUUUAUAGCCUGGUUUAUCCAACUGGGACAUCUAGUCUGUGAUAUGUGGCUGUUCAGUGUUCCGAGGAUGCCUGGAGACUCUGUGGCUUGGGCAAUCCUCUACACUUACAUGGUUUACCUGCUGCUGCCUCUACGGUUAAGUGUUUGUCUCAUCCUCAGCAUAGUGAUGGCCUUUGUUCACUUGCUUCUAGUCGGCGUCCUGCCUAAACCCAUCGAUUUCACGGAGAAUCAGCUUGGAGCAAAUGUAUUGCUAUUCAUUUGUGCAAAUCUUCUUGGGAUCUUAUCUUAUUUCUUUUUGGAAAGGCGGCAACGACGUGCUUUUCUUGAAACGCGACAAAGUUUAGAAGCCAAAUUAGUACUAGAAGAAGAGUCACAAGAACAGGAACGACUUCUACUAUCGGUUUUACCACAGCACGUUGCUGCCGAAAUACGGGAGGACUUAGGAGCAGUAGUUACGGGCCAGUUCAAGAAAAUAUAUAUGAGCAGACAUGAGAAUGUGAGCAUUCUUUUUGCCGACAUCGUUGGUUUCACAGCAAUAUCUUCCACUUGUACAGCUCCCGAAUUAGUGAAAAUUCUAAACGAACUCUUUGCUAGAUUUGACAAACUCUCUGACAAAUAUCAUCAGCUACGCAUAAAAAUUCUUGGUGACUGCUAUUACUGCAUUAGUGGUGCCCCUGAGGAAAGGCCAGACCAUGCAGUCCUCUGUGUUCAUAUGGGUUUGAGCAUGGUUGAAGCCAUCAAGUCUGUUCGAGAGAAAACGAAUUCAGGUGUGGAUAUGAGAGUAGGAGUGCAUACUGGUGCAAUCUUAGCAGGAGUGAUGGGACAAAGGCAAUGGCAAUUCGAUGUCUACAGCAGAGAUGUUGUACUUGCCAAUAAAAUGGAAAGCGGUGGAAUGGCGGGACGAGUGCAUAUCUCAGAGAAAACACUUGGAUUCUUAAACGGAGAAUUCGAAGUAUCACCUGGUGAUGGAAUGUCUCGUGAAGAAGCUCUCAGAUCUGCUGGAUUGGAGACAUAUUUCAUCGUCAAAAUUCUGAAGCCGUAUCCAAUGGGCACACUUGAUGAAAAAGCUGAAAUAAAUGGAAGAACAGGAAAAGAAGAACUAGACCAAGAGGAAAUUUUAGCGGCUUUAAUAGAAGAUGUUGAAGAAGAGGAGGGCGAGUUAUCCAAACUGACGGGUGACAGUGACAAAAAUUUCGAAGAGGACUACAAGGCACGAUUGCACGAAGAGCUCCUUGGAAGAGACACGAAAAGAGUGGUGACUGUUGAUGGUGCCUUAGAGACGACAUCGGAAUGCAAAAGUCACAUAAGACAGCAAGCCAAUCCCUUAACUUUGUUCUUCAAGGAGCCGAAAUUAGAAACUGAAUUCCGAAAGAUCAAAGAUACCGUCAGUGUAGUAUCAAUUUCUGGGCUACCUCUAAUUUUGGUUUUCUGUACUGCUGCUUAUUUUCUAGUCAUGUCAGGAAGCUCUUUUGCUCUCAUAUGCCUUCCUCUUGGUUCUUUACUACUCAUAAUAAUCACCAUUAUAUGUAUAGUCCCAGCUGGGCUUAAGGCUGGCCCUCCUGGAUUAGUGCGCAUGUGCAAUAAAAUCAUAGAAAAACCAGGAUUGCGAAUGGGCGUAAUAUUUAUCAUGGUCAUGGUUUGGUGCGUCGUUCAUGUUCUAUCAACUGAUUAUGACAACAGUUGGUCAUGGCCUUCCAAUGUGAUGUCUACUUACGUAAAUCCUCUUCAAAACAUCAGCAGCAAUCGAAGCAACUCAACUCUACCUCCACCCAUUGUAACCAGCACCAGUCAGACAUGGUUGACCCACAACUUCCCACAGUACCUCACGUACUUCACAGUGCUGGAACUAAUAGGUCUAACUGUAAUGACCCAUCUGUCCCAUCUGGUCAAGCUCUUUUUGACUUUGGUGAUCGCUGUAAUCCAAGGCUUCAUCAACAUCAAUCUUGUGCAAGAGUCCUUGGAUUAUUACGAUGAAAGAACUUAUGGCAUGAAUGAUUAUGAUCUAAGUCACUCCAUUACGCUGACUGUGAUUGUUGUCAUCGUAGCAAUAUGUUUAAUCAUCAUCAACCGACAGCUUGAAGUGACAUCCAGAAGGCUUUUCUUAUGGCAAAAAGAUGUGGAAGAACAGAGAGAAAAAGUAGCCGAUAUGAGGGUUAAGAAUGAAGCAUUGGUCUACAAUAUUUUACCACCUCAUGUUGCCAAACAUUUCUUAGGUCAACGAAAGAAGGACGAGGAAUUGUACAGCAAAAGCUACGAAGCAGUGGGUGUUCUAUUUGCUGCUAUGCCAAAUUUCUCCGAUUUCUAUACUGAAGAUUCUGUCAAUAAUCAAGGGUUGGAAUGCUUAAGGUUCCUAAACGAAGUUAUUUCUGAUUAUGAUGCGCUUUUAGAGCAACCCAGAUUCAAAGAUAUCAUUAAAAUCAAGACUAUCGGCUCUUCAUACAUGGCAGCAAGUGGUUUAACAGAUGAUAAUUAUAAUCCCAAUGCAUCUAUAAAAGAAAAAUGGGCCCACUUAGCUGCUCUUACAGAAUUUGCACUCACACUGAAAGAAACUCUGACUAACAUCAACAAAGAAAGUUUCAAUAAUUUCUUACUAAGAAUGGGAAUUAAUCAAGGACCAAUCACAGCUGGUGUAAUUGGAGCUAGGAAACCUCACUAUGAUAUGUGGGGAAAUACUGUUAACGUCGCCUCAAGAAUGGAGUCUACUGGAAAAGCAGGAUUUAUACAGGUUGUGGAAGAAACAGCACGGAUCCUGGAAGAAUUUGAUUACGUUUUUGAACAAAGAGGGAUGGUUGCCGUAAAGGGCAAAGGAAAUCUCAUGACGUAUUACCUUUUGGGAAGGAAGUCUGACCUUAAUAAGUCCCCAGUCAAACCAGUAGUCCAAAAAACACAAUCCUCAAGCUAAAAAAUAAAAACUUAAAAAAACCUAUUUGCACUGAUUAGUAAAAAUGAAUUGUGCUGGAUCCCUGACACGCACAACUUAGAAAAAAAAUUU